UAUCAGACUCCAUUUUGUCAGAUUUAAACGACAUCUCAAAAGGCUGUUUGUGAAUAAGUAUGAGAACAGAUAAUGCUACAGAGACUGAAUGGAGUUAUUGAAUGUAAUUUGUACUUGAUUAACUAUUGAACUUCAUCGUUGAGAUAGAGGAAAUACUUCUGUUGAAAUAGGAGAUUAUAUAAAAUGAGUCUCUAUGAGAAAAAAGGUGAGGAACAUCCAGAUCCCAGCUGUGUGUCUGUGAAGAGUGACAGAUCCAUGGAAUUUCCCCCUAAAUUCAGUGAAGGAGUGGCAUCUGAACAUGACAUUAGCUGUCUCUGUGAGAAGGGAAGGGAGGAGGAUGUUCAGACACAUAAAACAGCAUCUCCAGAGCCCAGUUGUGUGUCUGUGAAGAGUGACAGAUCCAUGGAAUUUCCACCUAAAUUCAGUGAUGAAGCAAUGACCUCUGACCAUGAAGUAAUGAAUGAUGAAGCAACCACAACAGUAAAACCCCGUCUGACCUGCAUUGACUUUCUAACCCUCAUCAGAGUCAAAGACCAACACAAAACUAGCAUGAAAGACAAGUAUGAGAAAUUAUUUGAGGGAAUAAAACUAGAAGAGAACCAAACCCUCCUGAACAGGAUCUACACACAGCUCUACAUUAUAGAGGGAGAGAGUAAAGGAGUGAAUGAAGAACAUGAGGUUUUACAGAUGGAGAAAACAGCCAGAACACAAGACACUCCAAUCUACUGCAAUGACAUCUUUAAACCCCUAAAUAAACCAGAGCAUGAGGAGAAAGACCAAAUCAAGACUGUUCUCACUAAAGGCAUCGCUGGAAUUGGAAAAACCGUCUCGGUGCAGAAGUUCAUUCUAGACUGGAGUGAAGGAAAAGCCAAUCAGGAUGUAGAUUUCAUGUUUGUGCUUCCAUUUCGAGAGCUGAACUUGAUUAAAGAUCAUCAGUACAGUCUUCACAGACUUCUGCUGGACUUUCAUCCUGAACUUCAAGAUCUGGACUCAGACAUGUAUGAGGAGUGUAAAGUCGUGUUCGUCUUUGAUGGUCUGGAUGAAAGCAGAAUCCCACUGAAGUUUUCAGACGUUGAGAGAGUUAGUGAUGUGAAUGAGUCUUCAUCAGUGGCUGUGUUGAUGUCAAACCUCAUCAGAGGAGAUCUGCUUCCCUCUGCUCUCAUCUGGAUCACCUCCAGACCAGCAGCAGCCAAUCAGAUCCCCUCAAAAUACAUCAACCGUCUGACAGAAAUUCAGGGAUUCAAUGAGCUUCAGAAGGAGGAAUAUUUCAGGAAGAGAAUCAGUGAUGUGGGUCAAGCCAGCAGAAUCAUCUCCCACAUCAGAAGAUCCAGAAGCCUCCACAUCAUAUGUCACAUACCCGUCUUCUGCUGGAUCUCAGCCACUGUGCUUCAGAAGCUCCUGAACCAAGAUGACAGAGCAGAAAUCCCUCAAACUCUGACUGAAAUGUACAUCCACUUCCUGCUGACUCAGAUCAACAUGAGGAACCAGAAGUAUGAAGAGAGAGAUCCAGAGAAACUCCUGGAGUUCAGCAGAGAUGUGAUUGUGAAACUUGCUGAACUGGCUUUCAAUCAGCUGAUGAAGGGCAAUGUGAUGUUCUAUGAGGAGGACCUGAUUGAGAGCGGCAUAGACGUCACUGACGCCUCUGUGUAUUCUGGGAUUUGCACUGAGAUCUUUAAGGAGGAAUCUGUGAUUCAUCAGAGGAAAGUCUACAGCUUCAUUCAUCUCAGCUUUCAGGAGUUUCUCGCUGCUUUCUUUGUGUUUUACUGCUAUGUAGUCAAGAAUAAGGAGUCACUGAAGUCAUAUUCACUGAAGUCAUAUCUGAAGGGAUAUAAGUGGUACAGCCGAGAAAUCUCUCUGUUUGAUCUACUAGAAGGCUCCAUUGAAAAGUCAUUGCAGAGUGAAAAUGGACAUCUGGAUCUUUUCCUGCGGUUUCUGCUGGGAAUCUCACAGGACUUUAUUCAGAGACUCUUACAGGAUCUAUUGACAUACACAGAGAACAGUUCAGAAAGCAUUAGAAGAAUCACACGGUACAUUAAAGAUAAAAUCAAAGGUGAUGAACUUCUCUCAGCUGACAGAUGCAUCAAUCUGUUCCUCUGUCUGUUGGAAAUGAGUGAUCAGACCCUAUACGGAGAGAUUCAGAAGUUUAUGAAAUCACAGAAUCAAUCAGUGAAGAAACUCUCUCCAUCUCACUGCUCUACAAUUGCCUACAUGCUUCAAAUAUCAGAGGAGGUGCUGGAUGAGUUUGAUCUGAAGAAAUACAACACAUCAGAUGAGGGCAGAUGGAGACUGAUACCAGCUGUGGUGAACUGCAGAAAAGCUCUACUUGUUCGCUGUAAUCUGACUGAUCGGUGCUGUAAUAGUUUGUCUUCAUUGUUACAAUCAUCAAAUUCACUGAGACAGCUGGAUCUCAGUCACAAUAACCUGCAGGAUUCAGGAGUGAAGCUGCUCUCUGAUGGACUGAAGAGCACAUACUGUCAACUGGAGAUACUGAGGUUAUCUGGCUGUAUGGUGACAGAGGAAGGCUGUUGUUUUCUGGCUUCAGCUCUGAGGUUAAACCCCUCACACCUGAGAGAGCUGGAUCUGAGCUACAAUAACCCUGGACGAUCAUUAGUGGAGCUGAUCUCUGAUCCAAACUACAGACUGGACAAACUUAACAUGGAUAAUGCAGGAGCAUUCAGGAUCACAACAGGACUACAGAAAUAUGCAAGCCAUCUCACACUGGAUGUAAACACAGCACACACUUAUCUCAUUCUGUCAAAUCGGGAAAGAAUGGCAACACUUGUGACAAUGAAGCAGUUGUAUCCUGAUCAUCCAGAGAGAUUUGAUGAGAGUCAUCAGGUUCUGUGUAAAGAGAGUCUGACUGGACACUGUUACUGGGAGGCUGAAUGGAGCGGGGAUGAAGGAGUUAAUAUAUCAGUGGCAUAUAAAGGAAUCAGCAGGAAAGGAGGGGGUGAAGAAUCUUGGUUUGGAUACAAUAAAAGGUCCUGGAGUCUGAUCUGUUUUAAGGACAGAUUGAUUGCCAAGCACAAUAAUAAGAUCACAAUUAUAGAUGUCCCUUCAUGUCCGUUUAGCAGAGUAGGAGUGUAUCUGGAUUGGCCUGCUGGCACUCUGUCCUUCUACAGCGUCUCUGACGCACACACACUCACACACUUACACACAUUUAACACCAUAUUCACUGAGCCACUCUAUGCUGGAUUCGGGCUUUAUUUUGGGAGUUCAGUGUCUUUGUGGGAGAUUAAACAACACAAAGAUGGGUGAUAGAAACGUCUCUGUCUUUAAAUCAGUUAAUUUUAGCAUGUAUAUGCUGAUUUUAACUGUAUUUAAUUUAAAUUUACUAAUGGGACUCUAGUGUUACCUAUAGUAUUUUUCCAUUCAUUUACUAUUUAUUUUGUUCAAAGUAUUUAUUUGUAUAUUUGUAUUUUAAGAGUAUAUGUCUACAAUAAAGCAAUAAACUAAAUAUUUUUGGGUUAUUAUAUAUGUUAAAGAAAUUUUUUGUAGCUUAGGUCAAUAUCAUGACAAUAAAAGCUUCAGCGUUUGAAUCAACAAGAAAAUCUGAAACUGGCAGAAGCCUAUUGUAAAGCCAGUUGAAUGUGGCUUAUUACAAAACAUGACAGAAAUUGUUUUGUUUUAUAAUCCAAAGAUUGCCUCUAUAACUUGUCGUAAUGUUUUGAAAUAUUUAUUGAAAUGACAGAAAUGCUGUUUGUACUGCACGUUUGCAUGUUUUUUCAUCAGCUAUGGAAGUCCAUUCCCACCACCGAAUAAAAAUAAAGGUUAUUGCGAUGUUUAAAUCUCUUCUGAAACUCGUAAUUCUGACUUUGUUUCUUAGAAUUGUGAGAUGUAAACUCGAAAUUAUAAAAUCAGAAUUGCAACAUAUCAACUCACAAUUCUGAGAAAUAAAUUCACAAUCACUUUUUACGUUUUUUUUUAUUUAUUCAAUGGCGGGAACAUAUUUCCAUAUAUAGCAUAUAAACUUAUCAAGACUGAA